GUCAUUAGUCUAUUGAACUGAUUCCUCUUUGGUACUGAACUCCGAUCAUUUUACAACUAAGCCUUUGUUUAGUCUACUGGUGCAGUUGAACCUGCAACCUAGGAGCCUCUGGCAGAUUGCUGUUGGUGCUUUCUAUGUGCAAAUGCUAUUUUUCCCCCUUUAAUCACAUUCGUCUCCUUUAUGUCCGUGCUUCCUUCUCAUCCUUGCCCUUCCUUUGAAGCAGGGCAACACACAUACUAUAGAGCACGGCACUGUUGCCCUGGUUGCUGCAUGACGGAGCUUUAACUUUACAAGUAUCACUAACAGAAAAAUUGUUUGCAGAACUUUGCUGAAUUUUUUCAGUAUUUAAUUGCUGGUUUUGAUCUUGGGUUAUCUAUUCAUAAGUUGCCUGCAUUUUUUUUUUGGUAAAAUAAAUCUCAAUUGCAUUACAAAGCUUUGCAAUAAGUAUCCAACCAUUCUCAUCCCAAAGUCACUUAGUCUUCAAUGUAACAGUGUGUAAUCUUAUGCAUGCAGUCCCACAGCACGCUGACCACCCAGGAGUGGAUGACGCUGUGUCGGCACUAGAACCACGAGAAUCUGACCCUGCAGGCGUGGAAGGACAUACUGGUCAAGAACUGACGGACGUCGCCGGGUUACCGCCGUGCAAGCGUGGUCGUCGCAGCGGCCGCUCGGGCUCCAGAACCCGCGGAGGCGGGUUGUGGUGGACGGGGAGAAGGAGGCUGAGGCUUGACCCGUGGUGGACGAGGGCCUGGGGGCGGAUGAGGGGCCAGAUCAAGGUGUUGUCCAGGACGGCUGCAGCCAAGUCUUUGGGCGGCAGUUAGCUAGAUGGCCGCUGUGGCCAAGUCCAUUUUAUAAAGUUUAUACUGUCGUCUACUGCGUGUUGGUCUUUUUGGUUUGCCGCCUGGUUUCAGAACACAAAAUGGUACCAUUGUUUCUUGUUUGUCAACACGCAAACGCCCGUUUUAGGUAUGAUGAACUGCGGUUUCACAGCAUCCUAUGCUAGCUGAGCUGGGCUCAAGACUGCAGCUUUCCGACUGAUAUGAAGAACUAGUAUCUCCAACUUGAUUGUUCCAGUAACUUGUGCUCCUGGGUGGGUGUUGCAACUUCAUGGUGUCUAGAAUUAGCACCAAACCUGGAUGAAGUUCCAAUUGUCACUUGUCAGUGGACACCUGUUAUAAUGGUGGUUUAUGGAUCUUGAAUUCUUGCAAUCUUGGCCCAUCUUUAUAUGCUAUAAGUUGGACGGUUUAAUUUGGUUGCCUUGUGUUUUCACCAAUUCCUGUUUACUAUGCAGACUGCCGCUUUAUAAUAUUUGAUUUGAUCGAUCUCUUGAAUUUGUCUUUUUAUGGCCUGCUGAUGGCUUGUUGGAGGCCGUCACUUAACUUGGUGUUGAUCCGUUGGUUCAUGUAUGUAAUCAACCAUAUCCUGUCCUGUCAGCACGUUCAAUAGAUCUGCAUUGCUGCUGAUGUAUAAGUGCUGCACGCCAUUGAAGAAGCCUAUUCAGGUUUGCAGUUUUAACCUUUUCUUCUGGCUGCAUUAUCAUGUCACUCUCCCGGCAAAUCGUGCCGGUUCAGCUAUCGAUCUAGUAGUCUUCUCCGUAAGUAUGUAUGUAUGUACUAUGUAAAUAGGUGGGUUUUUUUCAUGCUCGACAAGAUAUAUUUAACCAGUUAUUGCUUACUAUCGUUGAUGGAUGGAGUGAUACAACUCGGUAUUUUUUGACCUAUUUUGUUUGUGGAAUCAGUUAUAGGUAAACUGGGAGCACCUUCUACCUUUUAGCCUCAGGUGUGGUGGUUUCAUUGACGGCACGGUAGCGCAUCCAAGACAACAACACAACAGUCAGUUGCGAGAACCAGAAAGCUAUGGCUAAGCACGUCCAAGGGGCUGCAAUGUUUUCUUUUCAGAAUGACCACAUUAUCUUUUGUCCAGGGCCGUGGUGAUAGCAUAUAGCAUGAUGAUCAUCGUGCUUUGUUUAGAGAGUCUUGUUUACAGGGAAAUGAAGCCUUGAGUGCGUGAAAUGAAUUUGGUUCAAUGUUGUGUACCAUAAAAAGGUUAACGAUGUAACUGUUUGUGAGGAAAUGAAGCAGCGCUCGGUGUCUGCCUGUCUGGUAUGAAACUAUUUGGUGCUAUGUUGUCACAAAAAUGUUAGGUACGGAGUGUGACCUCAGAAUGAACAAAAGAGAACAAUUUAGACUUACUUGCAAUAUUAUCUUUACAACACAUCUAUACAAUGAUCACACACUUUCACACAACAUGCUUGCAAACCCUCGAACACGCCGCGCCUGCCAGUUUUCUUUUUUCUUUUUUUGAUAUCAGCUUCUUUUCUGGAGGGUUGCCAGCUAGUUUUUUUUCGCACACAGGCCCAUCUAUCUUUUUUUAGUGACACAGGUCCACAGUCACUCCAACACAUUUCUCGGCCCAUAGAACACAUUUUCAGCCCACACGCAGAUUGUCCAUUCUACUGCCCAUUUAGUCCGUCGGCUCACUUUCACAGUACACAGUCUCGUGCCCACUGCCACACAGCAGCGCCGCCGCCGCCGCCAGCACAGGCGCCGGAGAACGACCGGGAAAUGGCCUUGCCGGCGAUCCCUAACGAGAUCCUGGCGGAUAUCUUCCUCCGCCUUCCCACCCCCAGAGGAUCUCAUCCGCGCCUCCGCCGCCUGCGUCUCCUUCCGCCGCCUCGUCGCCGACCACGCCUUCCUCCGGCGCUUCCGCAAGCUCCACCCUCCGCCCUCCUCGGCUUCGUCGACUACAGAGGCUUCCACCCCGCCGAACCGCCUCACCCCUCCGCGCCGGCGGCCAGCGCGGUCGCCAGCGCCGCGGACUUCGACUUCAAGUUCCCCCCCGAUGGCGAUACGGACUUGGACUGGACCGUGCGGGAAGUCCGCGACGGUCGCGUCCUCCUCGACAGACCCCGCCGCCACGACGAGCUCGAACCGCUCUUCAAGGAGAUGGUGGUGUGCGACCCCCUGCACCGGCAGUACCUCCUGCUUCCCCCAAUCCCCAGUGACCUAGCCGCUCCAGUGGUGAGCCAACUCCUGAUAGAAAGGUCGUGCUUGGCCCAGUGCUUCCUCGCCCCUCCCAGCGACGACCAAAUGGCAACCGCGACGGAGGAGACGUCAUUCAGAGUGAUCUGGCUGGUGGUGCUCCAGACCAGACCGGUGGCCCUCGUAUUCUCCUCCGGCACAGGGCAAUGGCAAGCCCCGAGUCGGAGCGAGUCGUUACCUGGCUUUUUGUUAUCGACAUGGAAGGUUUGGUUUGUGUCGCGCCAUUAUGCACAUGGUUGCUUCGACUGGGUUUCAGGUUCAUGUGAAAAACUGCUCGUGCUUGACAUCCAGAGGAUGGAGUUCUCCAUGGCUGACCACCCACCCUGUGUCAGAUUCCGGGGCGACGAUGUGGCAAUCGCGGAGGCAGGCCAAGGCAUGACUGUGAUGUUUGUGCCUAAACCGGACACAGAUCGCCGUAUUUAUACUGUUUGGCGGCGAAGCAAUGGUGGGAGUUCCGCCAAGUGGCAGAUGGAGAAUGAGACAUUCUCGCUGGAUUCUGGCUCCUUGAUCAAGGGUGCGGUGGGGAGGCACUUGCUCCUAUAUUAUGUUGGAAGCGUGUCGGUCAAGCCAGGUUGUUACAUCCGGGAUGUCGACACUUUGCAGCUUGAGAGGGUGUGUGAUUGAUAUCCCCAUCCGUCAGAAGUAUAUUGCAACUUCCCACCAUCGUUAUUAUCAUCACCGAUGGUGUCAAGUGUCCCACGCCACGCUGACCACCCAGGAGUGGAUGACGUUGUGUCGGCACCAGAACCACGAGAAGCUGACCCUGGAGGCGUGGAAGGACCUAUUGGUCAAGAACUGAUGGACCUCGCCGGGGGACCACCGUGCAAGCGCCGUCGUCGCUGUGGCCGCUCGGGCUCCAGAACCCGCGGAGGCAGGUCGCGGUGGACGGGGAGAAGGAGGCUGAGGCUUGACCCGUGGUGGAUGAGGGCCUGGGGGCGGAUGAGGGGCCAAAUCAAGGUGUUGUCCAAGAUGGCUGCGACCAAGUCCUUGGGCGCCAGGGGCUUGCCUUGACCAGGAUGUGCUAGUAGCUAGCUGAUGGGGACAUGGAAUGACUCGAUCCUUUUUGUAAGGUUUAUACUAUUGGUCUGCUGCGUGUUGAUCCUUUUUGGUUCGAAAACACAAAAUGGUACCACUGUCAACACGCAGACGGCAUCAAGCCGCGGUCUUCUAGAGCCAGUGUAGAUCGACUGCUGCACGGUUAUGUCGCUGUGAGGAUGGUGCUGUAUCAUCAUUUUCAAUCGCUUCUCAGUAUUGGUCUAUCUGAUUUCUUCGAGUUACCUUCUAGGGAUCUGAUUUCUAGUUAAGAAAUCAAGCCCCAGUCUUCUAGAGCUGCAAA